UCAUCAGAGUUGAAGUCGUGCUAGGCCUCAUUUGAUCUUUAAAAACGCUUUUUCAAAAAGCUCUUUAAAAGCUUCCUGAUCUACUAAUUCAGCGCAUUUUUCAAGAGAGUGUAUUGUGAGGUCGCAGGUCGAGAUGACUGCUCGAUUGUGUUGUUUGUUGAUUGCUGCUCUGUUGUGUCUCUCUGUUUGCUUGAGCACAACAGACACUGAAGGACCAGCUACAGAACCAGAAAAGCCAGGAGUGUGUCCUGGAAACAAACUUAAAGAAGCAGUGGCAGGAGUGUGUGCUGAGAUGUGUUCCAAUGACAGUGAAUGUCCAAAUGAUAAGAAGUGCUGCAGUAAUGGAUGUGGACAUCAGUGUAUGACUCCAUAUGCAGAAAAGCCCGGAUCGUGUCCCAAAAACCAUGGAGAAGGACUGUGUGUUGAGGAGUGUUCCCACGACACUAACUGUGUGAAUGAUCAGAAAUGCUGCAGCAAUGGAUGUGGACAUCAGUGUAUGGCUCCAUAUAAAGGAGCUUGGCGGCAGAAGUAGUGGGAAAGCCUUGAACUGAAGUACAUGGCUGCAAGAAAAGAAACCGUAGAACACAGGUUAAAACUAAUGUUGGGGGGUGGGAGAGAAAGUAGUAUUUGUAAGUUUUGGUCUAAUAUGGUUUUGAAAAACGUUCAGUAUUUAGCUAGUAUAAUUAUGUCCCUAAAGACUCCAAAUAUUUGGUGAGGUGGUGGUUUUUUUUUUUUUUUUUCCCCUUCCCCCUUGGAACCCCUAUGACCGGUUUUGCUCUGGCAUAUGACUUAAAAAUUUAACCUCUAUGAACUUGUGAAAUUAAAGUCAUCUGACAUGAAAGGUGAAUGUGAGGGGAAAAUUGCAAGUAUCUUUUGUACAGGUUAUUUGAUCAAACUCAAAGGGCAAAUUAUGCUGUAAUUCUCUUACUCCCUAUAGACUGUAACAUGGAAAAUUAUGUAGCUGGUCUCUGUUGACAAUUGCUUGUUGAUAAAGUCCAGAGUCUGUGGUUCUGGUGUUGGUGAUGGUUAGAGAUCCGGUUUGAUCCAGCUUCAGUCUGUCUCGGAGUCUCCCAUCAGCAUGAAAUGUUGAGUUUGUUUGUGCGAGUCUGAUUUUUCAGCUAUUCGAGUGCUACCGAACAUCCACUGUAUUAACAGAUUUUUCUGUACUUCAGUAACAUUGGUGUUUAGAGAGAUUGAAUUUCUCUUCAUCACUGAUAUUUGUACAUCAUUUGUCACAUCUAAAGAACAAACACAGACAUGUUUUGUCACAGUCUUCAACUCCACAAAGACUUAAUCCUGGUAAUUAAUGACCAAACUAAAUCAACUUCUGUACCCCCGUCUUGGACCUGUGCUUUGGCCCCAAGCCAUAAUACAUCGGUGUGCAAUAAAUAUCUGAUUUAAGCAAUGUCUGUGCCACUGAUUUAUUAAAGUAUUACUGAACUAUUUUUCCUCCCAGGUGUUUCUUCUGCACCCAUUUUCAUGUGCGAACAGAAGUGAAACACAAUGUGAUCCAAUUGUGUAUUAUAAGAGUGAUUUUGAAUU